AUGCAUCCAUCUGCUGAAUUUGAUACCGGUUCCUUGAAAUCCUAUACGGUUUCUACUUCUCGCACAAAUCUUGAUACUCGAAAAUCGAAUUGGACAUCAUUAUGGUUUGCCAACUUGAUUCAAUAUUUCUGUGGACUUCAAAUGUCUCUAUACUUCACAUCUAUGUGGCCGUAUCUUCUGAAACUGGAUCCAACUGCUCAACUUCCAUUCUUUGGAAUCAUCCUUGCCAGUUUUAGUAUUGGUCAGGCGAUCGGGUCUCCAAUAUUCGGAACAUGGACUCAAAAAACUGAAUCUUUCAAAGUUCCAGUGGCGACUGGUCUUGUUUUUUGUUGUGUAGGUAACAUUCUAUAUGGUAUUCUUCCUACAAUUAAUUGGGAAGUACAAUGGUUAAUGUUAGUUUCUCGAGUUCUUAUUGGCUUCGGAGCUGGAAAUUUAUCUGCUCUGCGAGCGUAUGUAGCCGCAAGUUCCACACUGGAAGACAGAAACACAGCUGUCUCAUUGGCAACUGGAAGUCAGGUCACUGGAAUGUUGACAGGACCGAUUUUGCAGACAGCCUUCGCAUUCAUUGGAGAUGGAGUCCGAAUCUUCAAUACCUUCGACCUCGACGCCUACACUUCUCCCGCCUUCGUUCUCUCUAUCGUUCUCAUCAUCAUGUCUGUCAUGAUAUUCUUCUAUUUCUCUGAAGACUAUGCAGGAGUUAUCGACGAGAAAAAAGAAGAUUCAGAUGUAAUAAUUCCUCCAUUCGAUCGGCGAGCUGCCGUCGUUUGCAUCUUUUUGUGGUUCGUCAUUCAGACAAUCGCAGUGAAUAUCGAAUCUCUCUGUUCUGUAUUCACAAUUGCCAUGUACAACUGGACAUCUCAUCAAGCAAUUGUAUAUGGAGGAUAUAUUGAAACAGUGUCUUGUACUAUUUCAGUGACACAAUAUUUGGUCAUUGGGUUUACAAGAAUCGGAAAAAUUGAUAAGAGAAUUCAAAUAGUAUUCGGUUGCUUGGUGUUCUGCGUCUACUACAUCGUGCUUCUCCCAUGGCCAUUCUACCCAGAAACUCUUCUCUUCAAUCCAAAUGUAACCGACGGAGCAUGCACUUAUGAUUGGUGUCAGUAUGUGCCGAAAAUCCCCUUCAUCGCCUACAUUCUUGUCUACACUCUAUGCUUCGGAAUCGCAUUUCCAUACAUUGGAAACUCGAUCGGAACGCUCUUCUCAGAAGUUCUGGGGCCACGACAGCAAGGUACAAUGCAAGGAGUUUUCGCUUUCUUUGGAAGUGUUGGACGAUGUGUCGCUCCGUUGGUUACAACUUUCUUCUUCAACUCAUCCGGAUACACUUGGAUCAGUGUUGAAAUGCUCACUUUCCUUAUAAUCGGUGCUCUCUCGACAGUUUUCUAUUGGAAACAAAUGGUUCCUUUGCAAUUAAUUCAAACAAAGGACAGUAUCAGUAACAUAAGUAACAAUAACAAUAAUAAUAAUCACAAAGUGUGA